AUGUUGAACUGUGUGGACCCUUAUCAUUCAUUUGGCAAAAAUGUGGUAAAGGCCCGUGUUAAUGGAGCAACGUACAACCAAGACAUCAGUGGUGCACCAGAUUACGAGAAAUUGCAGCUGCAGUAUAACAGAGAACCACAGAACAGCAGGAUAAUUGUAAACACUGCCUGCGGAUUAGAUAGAAUUCCAAUUGAACCAGUCACCCUGUUAGCAAUUGACAUGGUGGAAAGUCAUCUAGAACUGCAAUCUGGUCCGUAUGGAAUAGCGGUGAACAAUGGGACUCUUGAGUCGGAUAUUUGCGACAGUUUAGACAAUGAAGAACUGGAGUGUUCCAUGAAGUCCUUGUUCCCGGAACCACUUCAACCUGUUAAGUACAAACUCCCAAAGAGGGGAAUGCUUUCCAGAUAUGACAGCAACACCAAAUCGAGUGAUCUAUGUCUUGAAGAUGACAUGUAUGUUGUCUUCAAAUCCCAGCGUAUUAAUGUUGAUGAAUAG